GGAAAUUUACCAUUGGUAGGAAUCAAGCAUUGCGUGCAAAAGAAAUUGAUCCCAAAGCUUUGAUUAUAGAGGCUUAUGAGAAAGGUCUGAUGAUUGCUGUAAUCCCAUUUACCUCAAAGAUUCUGGAGCCAUGCCAUUCCAGUUUAGCUUAUCAACCUCCCAACCCUUGGACUAUGGGGAUUCUAAGUUUGCUUACUGAGAUCUAUAAUCUUCCAAACCUCAAAAUGAACCUGAAAUUUGAUAUAGAGGUUUUAUUUAAGAAUCUUAGUGUAGAUAUGAAAGAAGUUAAACCAACAACUCUAUUGAUAGACAAGAUUCGUGAAGUAGAGGGUAAUCCAGAUUUUUCGAAUAAGGACAUAACUGCAGCUCAUCCACCUCUUGUUGAAAUUAAUUCAGGAUUAUUGCCUCCAUUGAGUCAUGUAGAAUUGCAAACUGAAGUCAAUAGUUCAUCUCAUCCGGCAGGCCAUCCAAAUGCAAUGGCUCAAUAUACUUCUGCACCACAUAUCACUUCAGGUUCCAUUUUGGAAGAAGACAGAAUUGGAAUUGUAAACGGACCUGAACUAGUUUCAUCCGUUCAGGGAUUGACUGAAGUUACUCCAUCUCCAUCACCUUCCCCUUCCCCUUCCCCUUCCCCUUCCCCUUCACCUUUUUCUCUGAAUCAGCUUUUGACAAUAAUUCCAAAUUCUGAGUCAUAUAUCAAUAUUAAUCCAAAGCUUAGUUCUAUGGGUUCAAACAUGCAGUUCCACAGAAUUAUUCAACUGGCAAUGGAUAAGGCCAUAAGAGAAAUUGUAUCUCCUGUUAUUCAACGAAGUGUUACAAUUGCUAGUAGGACAACAAAGGAACUUGUUUUGAAGGAUUAUUCCAUGGAAACUGAUGAUGGUGUCAUAUCUCGUUCUGCCCAUCUAAUGGUUGGAACUCUAGCUGGAAGCUUGGCUCAUGUGACGUGCAAGGAACCUCUUCGUGUAGCCCUUUCAAGCAAUUUAAGAGGUCUUCUUCAAGCUUUGAACGUGGCAAAUGAUCAUGUUGAACAAAUAGUUCAGAUCCUCACAACUGAUCAUCUUGAUCUUGGUUGCGCUGUAAUUGAGAAUGUAGCAUCAGAGAAGGCUGUUGAAUUGAUUGAUGGAGAGAUGGCCCCUGCAUUUGCUGCCUCGAGGAAACAGAGGGAAGCAUCUGGAUCUGCAUAUUUUGAUACCCUUUCUUAUGCACAAGGGCCACUUUCACGAAUCCCAGAGGCACUUCGUCCAAAACCUGGUCGCCUUUCCAUUCCACAACAGCGAGUCUAUGAUGAUUUUAUCAAGAAUAUUUGGCAAAAUCAGUCUGGUCAGAAUUCAACUACUUCAUCUCAUGGCCUUUCUAGUUUAGGCAGUUCUGUGGGUAAUUCUUCACUGCCACGUGUGUAUGGUGCAAGUUCUGGUAGCAUUAGUUCCAAUGUCUAUGUCACUUCUCAAGUAGCUCCUGUUAGCAUGACACAACCCUUCGACCUUACCUUGGAAGAGUCAGAUCGUGGUUCGGUACAACUUCCUAGUGUCUCCCCAAUUUAUGGUGCUGAUGAUAGUCUCAUGCAACAUGGGGUUGAAGUUAGUUCUAUGGUAGCUUCUGUUACUUCUGCUGAUCUACACAUGGUUGAUCCAGCAGUUGCAACCAAAGAUUCGACAAAUGUCUUAGCAUCAUCUUCUUCACCUGGUAUGGACCGUCUUGGAGCUGUUUUACCUGAAUCAUUGCUGAGCACUGGGGAGGCUUUGGAGAAAUACCUGCAAGUUGCUCAAAAGUUGGAAGCGAUGAUUACUGCUGAUGCCAGAGACAUGGAAAUUCAGGAAGCAGUUGCUGAAAUUCCAGAAAUCAUAUUGAAAUGUGAAAGUAGAGAUGAAGCCUCAUUAGCUAUAGCCCAAAAGGUUUUCAAGAGCUUGUAUGAAAAUGCAUCAAACACUCUCCAUAUUGCUUCACAUCUAGCAAUUCUAGCAGCCAUACGAGAUGUUUGCAAACUUGUUGUCAAAGAAUUGACAAGCUGGGUAAUUUACUCUGAUGAGGAACGGAAAUUCAACAAAGACAUAACUGUGGGCCUUAUUCGUUCUGAGUUACUCAACCUUGCCGAGUACAAUGUCCAUUUGGCUAAACUUAUAGGCGGGGGGAGAAAUAAGCCUGCAACUGAGUUUGCCAUAUCCCUUGUGCAAACUUUGGCUACUCAGGAACCUGGUGUAAGCAUGUCAGAGCUAUAUAAUCUCAUUGAAGCUUUGUCAAAGUUGGCUAUGAAGCCUGGGUCACCAGAGUCAUUGCAACAAUUAAUGGAGAUUGCUAAGAGUAAUGUAAAUUCUCCUUUAUCUUUGAACAAAGAAGAGAAGAUCAGGCAAUUCAAGGAUAAGAAGGGUCUUUCUGGAGUUUCCUUGACAAACAGGGAGGAGCUUGAUUCUAAUGAACCAUCACCUGCUGAUCCUGCUGGUUUCUAUGAGCAGAUUGCUACCUACUUUACUGAUUGGUGCCGAAUUUGUGAACUUCCCACAACAAAUGAAUCAACCUACAGUCAUUAUAUUUCCCAGCUGCAGCAGAAUGGUUUGUUAAAGGGUGAUGAUAUCACAGACCGUUUUUUUCGCGUGUUCACGGAGUUAGCUGUCACUUAUUGUAAAGUUGUGCAUGAACAACCACAGUUGCUAUCUUUUUUCUCAAUUGAUUCAUAUGCGAAGUUUGUGGUUCUUGUGUUAAAGUACUGUUCUAUGGAUCAGGGAUCAACUAAAUCUCUUCUGCUUCCGAAGAUUUUAUCUGUUACUGUAAGAACCAUCCAAAAGGAUGCAGAAGAGAAAAAACUUUCCUUCAACCCAAGACCAUAUUUCAGAUUGUUUAUCAAUUGGCUUUUGGAUCUAAUUACCCCCGACACAGUUGAUAGUGUCAACUUUCAGGUGUUGACAUCUUUUGCAAAUGCUUUCCAUGCAUUGCAGCCCUUAAAAGUUCCUGGUUGGAGCUUUGCAUGGCUUGAGUUGGUGAGUCACAGAAGCUUCAUGCCAAAACUACUCACGUGCAAUGGUGCCAAGGGUUGGCCAUUCUUCCAGCGCUUGCUUGUUGAUCUACUCAAGUUCAUGGAGCCAUAUUUAAGAAAUGUGGAACUUUCGGAACCGGUGCAACUGUUAUAUAAAGGGACUCUUAGAGUGCUUCUUGUUCUGCUCCAUGAUUUUCCUGACUUCCUCUGUGAUUAUCACUUUAGUUUCUGUGAUGUGAUUCCUUCAAGUUGCAUCCAAAUGCGAAACGUCAUUCUAAGUGCUUUCCCACGAAAUAUGCGGCUUCCUGAUCCAUCAACUCCCAACUUAAAGAUCGAUUUGCUUCCAGAAAUUAGCCAACCCCCUCGUAUUCUUUCUGAUGUAGAUAGUAUUUUAAAAGCAAAACAAAUCAAAGCUGAUAUUGAUGAGUACCUUAAGACAUCUGAAGUAUCCUCAUUCAUAAGCGAACUGAUUCCAAAAUUACUUCUUUCUCAAAGCGAAGCAAACUUGGCUGGGACUCCUUAUAAUGUACCAUUGAUCAACUCACUUGUUCUUUACAUAGGGAUGCAGGCUACACAAUUACUGCAGAACAAGUCUACUGCAUCCACCCAACAAGUGAAUCACAAUGGUCCAUUGGAUCUUUUCCUAGUUAGCACGCCUAGGGAGAUCUUUCAUAGUUUAAUAAAUAACCUGGACUCAGAAGGACGUUACCUCUUACUAAAUGCAAUCGCUAAUCAACUGCGAUACCCGAACAACCACACUCAUUACUUUUCUUUUGUCCUGCUGUACUUAUUCGCUGAGUCCAAACAGGACAGCAGCAUACAGGAGCAAAUAACUCGAGUGCUGUUGGAGCGAAUGAUUGUUAAUCGUCCCCAUCCCUGGGGCUUACUCAUCACUUUCAUCGAACUGAUCAGGAACCAGCGGUAUGACUUUUGGAAUUGUUCAUUCACGAGAUGUUCUCCAGAGAUUGAAAAGUUGUUUGAAUCCGUGUCGAGGACCUGUGUCGGCCCCAAAGCUAUGAGCGACGCAAUGGUAUCGGGUAGUAUUUGAGAUGGCAGCGGUCAUUGAUCUACAUGUAAAGUCUUUCAUAUGAAUCAAGAUAGCCACGAAGGCUGGAAGAACCAUCCUAGAAUUAUCGCCCACGAUAUCACUUGAAGGGUUUCUGAUUCAUUUUGAGAUUCAUUUGUAUAGAAUAAUAAAACCAUAAAAUUGUAAAUAAUAUUUAUGGUCUACAUUUGAAUUACUCGUAAUAAAACUUGUAUUAAGAUAAACUUCGAACCAUCAGAUGAAAUUAAUUUACUAA